UACGCAUGCGCAUUCCUCUUAUGCCAUGGCGAGGAGGAUGAAAGUUUGCGUUCCGGCCUCGUCUCUAGGGGUUUUUUGAGGCCUCUUCAACUGCUCUAUUCUGCACACUUCAGACCUGACCACGAACACUUCCAAGGCUCGGGAUGUUCCCUGAGCUUAAUAACUUGCUGAAUGUCAGCCCUGAGAAGCCAGAGCAGGGGACAUUUACUCUCCUCUGCAAUAACAAGACAGAUGGAAGCUUCCUCGUGCACCACUUCCUCUCCUUUUACCUCAAAGCUAACUGUAAGGUUUGCUUUGUGGCUCUUCUGCAGUCCUUCAGUCAUUAUAAUAUUGUAGGUCAAAAGCUGGGAGUCAAUCUGAUUGCUGCCCGAGAUCGGGGACAGCUGGUAUUCCUGGAAGGCCUGAAGUCCACUGUUGAAAUCCUCUUUGGGUCAGAGGAACAGCCAAACACCCUCAAGUUUUUCAGGGAAUCUGACACAGACCUGAAGUCCUUGUUUGAGUUGGUGCACAAAGCUCUGACCCCCUCGGGUGAUGGUGAUGCUGCUUCAUGGAAAUUCCCAGUGCUUUUGGUGGAUGACCUGAGUGUCCUGCUCAGCCUGGGGGUGCGAGCAGUGGCUGUUCUGGACUUCAUCCAGUCCUGUAGAGCUACUGUCUGCUGGCAGUUGAAGGGAAAUGUGGUAGCUUUGGUGCAUGACAGUGACAAGACAGAGGAUGAGGAGAAUGCAUUGCUAAUGAAUGCUCUCGGUCACCAAAGCAGCUUGAUCCUCCGGGCUGAGGGAUUGCUCACCGGAUUCUGCAAGGAUGUUCAUGGGCAGUUGAAAAUCCUGUGGAGAGGAUUGCAGCAGCCAAAGGCUGAGCAGACUCGGAGUCUUAUUUAUCAAUACAAAAUACAGGAUAAGAAUGUGACCUUCUUUGCUAAAGGACUAUCUCCUGCUGUGCUGUGACUUGAUCUUUGGACUAUGAAAAGUGACAUGCUGACUUCUCAGACUGAAAAGAAAAGACCAUGCUAUAAAUGGCCCUUCCCCAGCUUUGUGUUAAGCUCUUGUGAUUGAAGCCCAAGACAAGACCUUUGUAUAGGUUUCUUGCUUCUCUCAUCACCACUAUUUUGGUAAGCAGACCAAGAGCAAACGUACAAAACUCUCAAGAAGUAGGCAUCCCUUUUAUUCACUGUGGAUAACUGAGCCUAGAUUCUAGUUCCGGGCUUUGGAUAUGAACAUACUGCACAAUGGGCUGAUUUUGGUAUAUGUAUGGAAUUUAUUUAAUAAAACUUGAAAUGGA